AUGGACAACAACAACACUUUGAGCUGGAAUGUUAGGGGUUUAAAUAGUAAGAAUAAACAGCAAGUAAUUCUUGAUGUUUGCGGGAAUAAUAAAGUUGGUAUUGGAGCUUUGAUUGAAACAAAAUUAAAAGGGGAUAGAAUAAGGGAUCUUAUGAAUUCAUCAUUUGUUGGUUGGAAGUUUUAUAGUAGCUCUGUGGUGGAGGGGUGUAUUUUACUCAUUUGGAAAGCCCAUAUGAUGAAGAUAGAAGUUAUUCAGGAAACUUCUCAGUUGCUUCAUUGCAGAGUUUCUCUAGUUGGUGUGAACUUGACUUAUUUCCUAUCAGUUGUCUAUGGCUCGAAUCAACUGGAGACAAGAAAAAGUUUAUGGUCUAACUUAGCUAAUGUUCAGAGACCGGUUACCCCUUGGCUCAUUAUGGGAGAUUUUAAUGCAGUCUUUUAUGUUGAUGAUCGUCUUGGUGGAAGAUCUAUUUCUGUUAAAGAGAUGGAGGAUGCUCGCCAUUGGUUGGCUUUGGGAGAGGCUACAGAAAUGAAGACUUUGGGCCCUAAAUACACUUGGACCAAUAAACAAGACGGAGGAGCUCGGAUAUAUUCCAAAAUGGAUAGAGUGUUCUCUAAUGAUAGCUGGUUUGAUAGCUUCCCUUUACCUGUAUCAUAUGUUCAAUGGGAUGUGAUUUAUGAUCAUUGCUAUUUGUUGAUUAAACAAGGGGAUUUCCAUAGUAGGGGAGUGAAGCCAUUUCAGUUUUUCAACAUGUGGGCUGUUCAUGAAAAUUCAAGGAAGUUGUUCUUCAUAAUUGCGUAUUUUCAUGCUAGUUUGAAAAAGAGGCAGCUAUCCAAUCACAUUAUUUCUUAUGUUGAUGCUAAUGAGUGUUUUGUGGAAGAUUAUGCUAAGGUUGUAGAUUAUUAUUUUCACCACUUUAAGAAUCAUUUGGGCAAUGCUAGCAGAGCUUCGGGUCAGAUUGAUUCUAAGUGUAUUAGUAAUGGCCCUGUGUUGAGUUUGGAUGACCAGCUGCAUCUAAUAAAACCUUUUACUUACCAUGAAGUUCGUUCAGCCAUGUUUAGUAUAAAUUCAGUCAAAAUUCCUGGCCUGGAUGGUUAUGGAGCGGGAUUCUUCAAAGUGCUUUGGAAAGAUAUUGGCAAGGAAAUUUCUGUGGCUAUUUUAGAUUUCUUCAUCUCUGGCAAAAUUCCUUCGGCUCUCAAUGACACUAUCCUCUCACUCAUCCCGAAAGUAGACCAGCCAUCAAACGCUACUGAAUACAGAUCUAUAGCUUGCUGCAACACUUUUUACAAAUGCUUUGUAACCGUAUGGCAGUGGAUCUCCCUUCUCUGA